AUGAAGUGGUUUAUACUUUUAACUUUGCUUGUACAAUAUAACUUGGCUGCCGAUGCGGUAGCUGCUGCUGCUGCUGCUGAUGCAGAUACUACCACUGCUGUUGCCGCCGCUGCUGCUGCUGCUGAUGCUGAUGCUACCACUGGUACUACAGCUGUUGUUGCAGCUGCUGCUGCUGCUGUGGAUACCACAACCACACCUGUUGCAGCUGCAGCUGCUGCCGCUGCUACUACGGCAACCACCGUGGAUGCUGCUGGUGCCGUUACUACAGCAACAACUGGAACCACUACCACUCCUGUUGGAGCCGCCGCCGCUGCUGCUGCUGCUGCUACGACUGCCACUACUGCAACCACUGGUGUCACUACUAGAACUACUGCCAAGACCGGUACAACUACUGGAACUACUGUGAAUACUGGUGUUACCACUGGAACUACUGUGAAUACUGGUGUUACCACAGGUACUACAACUACUCCUGCUGCCGCUGCUACUACAGGAAUUACUACCACUGUUCCAGCUGAUCCAGCUACUAUGAAUGCAUCUGAUUUAUCAAUUUAUCAAUAUACUGUUACUAUGAAUGCAGCACAAUUACAACAAUAUUUAGCCACUGCAUCAACUAGUUCUUCUUCUGUAACUGGAUCUUCUAGUAAAUCAUCAUCCAAAACUACUGCUGCUGCUGCCGGUAAUUCUAAUCAAGGUACUGAAGUUGAUGACACUACUAAAGGACUUACUUUUGUUACUACUAGAACAUUAAGAUCAAGUAGUAGAGCUGCCAGUCAAGAAACUGGAAAUUCUACUUCUUCAAGUGCUACUCAAGCUAAUGUUGCUGGAGUUAAUUUGGUCAAUUCUUCUGUUGUUAUUUUAUCUUUAUUCUUUGGUAUUUUGGGUGGAUUUAUGUAA